AUGGCUGAAACCCUUCAAUCAGGCGAGCCAUCCGGUUGGCGAAUACCCAAGGCUUGUCAAGAAUGCAGAAAGCGAAAAAUCAAGUGUAAUGGAGUCAACCCCUGCAAGACAUGUCGGGUGCGGAACACUCCAUGUGUCUACCGGGAUGUGAUCCGGCAGCGCAAGAAAAAGAAGCAUGGCGUCGUAGACGAGGGCCUGGCUUCCCGUGAAUCUACACGCCCUGAGCUCGGUACACAGCAGCCAUCCUCACCGCUGCCCCAGCCGGUAGGCCGCCGAAACAAAUCAGCCAGCUAUACUUUCCACAACAGUGUUUCAGCAACGCACAUGGCAUCUCCGUCAUGCAAGGUGCAACUGUAUUAUGGACCGACGUCCCAUUUUACUCUUAUGCAUGAGAUUUACCGGGGGUUGGUUUCGAAUCAAACCACUCAUCCCGAGGAGCCGCAGGGCGAAGUCGAAGAGGCUGGGGCUGGGCUUGAUAUGUUCAGUGUUCGGGGCAUCUUCUUCGGUACUCCAGCCGAGACGCAUGAUCCCAAUAAGGGGAUUGAUACCACAGUCGCCCCCGUGAUGUUCUUGCCGUAUGAGCUGGCCAGAAUAUUUCUGCAACGAUUUUUGUCCACGCUGUACCAUCUGGUGCCAUUCUGGUCCAAAGAGCUUUAUGAGCGCCAGCUAGAACACUUGUAUCUCCCUUCCUCAGGUACCGGCUCUGAUGCCUGUGCCAACUCCAUCUUACUGAUGGCUUUGGCCAUGGGAUCCCUGGGCACACAGCAUUAUCGCUGGGGAGAUAUUCUGUUUGAGCGGGUCAAGGCGUCUUGUCCUUCCUGGGAUGACGUGCACGCUCAUUUUCAAACGGAGCAAGGUCGCCCAAAUUCUUCCUUUCUCUACCUGGGCACAGCUGCGAGGAAGGCCAUCUCAGCUGGCUUGCACAAGGAAUCGCCGACUGAAGGAGGAGAGGGUAGGGAAAUUGUGGAACAAAGACGAUUGACCUUUUGGUCCUUGUUUUUCUACGAGACCUGGAUUUGCUUUCAUCUUGGUCGCCCAAGCUCGCUCUCGUCGAGGGACGUUGGCAUUGCACCUCCCAAAGAUCCAUUUAUUCUCAUUCUUAUUCACCUCACAAACGUCAUGGCUCGUUCGGCAAACGAAAUUUACGGCCGACCGCACGACUCAUUGCUGCAAAUGUGGAAGCUGGCCAGAUCCAUCUCAGAAGACCUUCGUUGUUACGACGAGAAAAUGAAGCUUGCUCUCGGGUUCGGGCUUGACAAAUGCCCCCAGCCGGGCGCUGUCGGAGUUCGGCAGGCCAUUCUCAUAACCUUAUACUAUCACACCAUCCUUUUGACGUUUCGACCGUUCUUGAUCUUUCGCGGACGAUGGCAGCGCGAUACCAAAAAGUCUUCUUGCGAGACUGGGCCCAACCCAACUAAACGUCCGACGGAAAUGCCGGCGUGGCUGAACGAGGCGUGCGACCACGCGGUCCACGCUGCGUGUAGAACUCUCCAUCAUCUAUGUGAGGCUGCUAUCGUCAAUGAGUUUGUUCGGGAACUUCGCUAUCAUGGCUUCUUCGUGACCAGCGCCUGCUUUGCACUUAUUUACGACUUCAUGUAUAAUGAGAAAGUUGCUCCUACACACCUUCCAUGGGUUCACGUGGGCAUCCAAUGUCUUGGAGCCAUGCGGCCGGGGGAUCCCAUCACAAGCUCUAUUUCAGCUAUACAAACUGUCCUGAAGAAACUGCACCCAUCAUAUGAAUGGGUGCCACCUGGACCUGUCCAGGGUCGGGCAUAUGCACCAAACCCUAUGGGCCCGGCAUCAUCUCACCCAUAUGCUAGUGGAGACGCAUCGAGCCAGACAAAUCCUAUGCGAGAAGCUUUCCCUAGUGAGACAUUUCUAGGAGGGUACCUUCCCACAAUGCCAAACAUUCAAGUCAACCCGCUUCAGAGCGAUAUUCCGGAAGCCUCUGCUAGUGUUGGGAGCAGCGAGGAUCUCCCAGAUUUCAAUCUGUCGGACAUGGGAUGGGAUUUUGACUUUUCCACGAUGGAUCUUGAAGCGUUUUUCUCUAUCCAGCCCACUAUGAAUCCUUCGCAGACACUUUAA